AUGAUGUGGAAACCGCCACGUUCAGCAGACGUCGGCUCUCUCACGGGAUCGGCCGGCGCAGCUACGGUUUACACGGUCCUGGCCCACUGCCUCUCCUCCGAGCGUGCGGAAAUACCGUCCGAGUUGCUCUGCUGGCUCAUCUUGCCGAUUCUUUUUCGAAGUGCUCACGCCCAUGCGAAAAGGCACUGUGGCGAUGACUCGAAGUCUUCCAAGGCCGUUCUCCCUAGCAACACCAAACAAGCCGUCGAGCCUGCGCCCUCUUCAGCGUCAUUGUGGAUUGUUGCGAUAGGGGUCGUUGCAGUUUCCAUCUACAAGGCCGAGUGCAAAAGGUUUAUAACUUUCUUGCCGCUUGUAUCCCCGAUUCUCUUAGCCGUCCAACAAUAUGCCCUCCGAUCCGAGCCCGCCUCCGACCCUUUGCUCCAGCCGACUGCCCAUUCGAGAAUAUCCGCAUUUGCCUUUGAUACGAUACCAGGGACCCUUGCGGCCGGGCUUCUCUCAACGCUCGUGCUGUCAGGUGGUGACCUCCGGGCCUCUGCGCUGUCAAUUGUCCCCGUCAUCGCGAUGCUGGUCGUCUACGCCGCCCUCGAACACGGCAGCACGACUGAACGGACGGGGUUCUUUCCACGCCUCGAGGUUCAGAGGUCCAUCUUGCCACUUGCGUUUCGUGUCUUUAUCCUGUUGGCCGUCUGUCUUGCCAUCGAUACCGCCCUGUUCGGCUUCCGGACAGCUCAUGUGCCAACAACCAUCGCCUUGGGCAUUGCCAAAGCUCUCUCCUGGUACUUCACAGCAAGAGCGGCCAACGAUGCGUCCUGGCGGAUUGCGCCCGCCAUAGGAACAUUUAGCAUCGCGUCCACUCGCGACCCGUUCACGCAGCCCACAGAGACCCGUGCACUAUCAAACAUUGCAGUGUCACUAUUGUCUCUGGCCUCGGUGUCUCAUAUGACCCCCCAGACGUCGAGAACAAGAUCGACGCUAUGGAUUCUGGCCCUCGUGUCAUUGGGACCGUAUCUCACCAACGUCAUCGCCAUCGCCGCCGCGAGGUCCGCAGCGCAGAGCUUUGCCGGCCACAGCCACAAGCAUCCCGUCGAGAUUCUCAGCCGUGCGGGAGAUGCCAAGUUCGAAAACUUGCUGAAAACGCAGUCGCAGAACUACACCGAGGCACACGACGAAUACAGGCGGCGGUACGGGCUGGAGCCGCCACCAGGCUUCGAGGCAUGGUAUGAGUUCGCAGCAGUCAACGAAUCCCCCGUUAUCGACGACUUCGAUUCGAUAUUCGACGCCGUGUCGCCGUUCCUCGCCUUGAGUGGCGAAGAGUUUGGCAAAGUGAUGCGUGAUGUUUACGAUGCUCCGGGCAGCGACCUAUGGUUAUGCUCGUUCUCAAACGCACGAGCCGAAACUCACUGCGAGCAUCCAUACCGCACUUUCGAUAGACAUAUUGCGGCAUCUUUUAACAGCAGACUGCAGGGGUUCAACGGGGGCCCUAUUCCCGACAUGCAGUUCAUCGUGAACCAUCUUGAUGAACCGCGAGUCUUGGUGCCGCCCACGGGAACGAGAGAUGGAGGAAGGGGGGAUGCCUUGCGCAACGGACGAUUUGAUCUUAAGAACAUGUCAGGACGACCAGUUCACCUUGAAAUUGUCAAGUACUGCGAAUCUCAAGAACUCCCCUUGUCCCAUGAUGAAGGCAUGACCGAAGCCAUCAGCUCCAGCAACCAGAUCUACGGCCUUCCCUUCAUCUCGCACCCGUCAUCAGCCACGGACCUGUGCCGACAACCCGAAAAAAGCGCUCUGCACGGUCUCGUUGCACGACCGCAGUCUUUUCGCCUCAUCGAGGGGCUAGUGCCGGUGCUCUCUACAGGAUCCCUAUCAACGAUGGGCGACAUCCUGUUCCCGAGCCCGGCAUACCUGGAGCCUGAGUUCAUAUACGACGAGAGGCACGACGUGGAGUGGCCCGAGAAGCGCAAUGACGUCUACUGGGCGGGCUCCAGCACCGGCGGCCUCGCCUCCGACGAGCGCUGGAUGAAUUACCAACGCCAGAGGUUCGUGGCGCUCGCACAGAACUUGCAAAAGCCCGAGAAGCAGGAGCAUGUCUAUCUGAGGCAUGUCGAUGGUGUCGUUGAGCGCGUGAAGUCGUCGUUCCUGAACAGCAGGUUGUACGACGUGGCCUUCACGCGCAUAUUCCAGUGUGAGAGACGACAAUGCAGAGACCAGAAGUCCUACUUCGAGGCCAAGUCCUGGGCCGAUAAGGACGAAGCGCUCCGCUCCCGCCUCGUCUUUGACCUGGACGGCAACGGCAUCAGCGGGCGAUACUACAAGCUCUUGGCCUCGAGGUCGGUGCCCCUGAAACAGACCCUGCUCCGGGAAUGGCACGAUGAAAGGCUCGUUCCGUGGGUGCAUUACGUGCCCGUCAGUCUCGGAAUGGAGGAGCUCCCGGAGCUGGUUACGUACCUCACCACGACCGAGGCCGGCCAGCAAAGAGCCCAGCAGAUUGCGGAGCAGGGGAGGGAUUGGUACUCCAAGGCGUUUCGAGAAGUCGACUUUGCGGUUUAUUCAAGCAGGCUUAUGCUUGAACUGGCGAGGCUACAGGACCCCGACCGACAAGCGCUUGGUAAAGUCACGAGGCCGACACCCUAG